AAGAUCUGAUUUGAAAACUCGGCAGUCGACUUUCACCUGUCAGCAUGUCCGGCAUUAUCGUUUUUCUGUGUCUUCCAGUCAUCGGUUCUUGUUUCCCCUGCGCCAUGUGUGUGGUAUCCACAAGCCAAUAGUCGAGCCGAAGGCCUAUAGUUAGGAGCUACCACUAGUUCUUAUCGUGACCUGUUAUCCGUGAUCCAUAAUUGUAGACUUAUUGUUCGGCGCUGCCUAGCAAUGUCCAAGGCGGGAAAUCAAGUGAAGCUCGCAUCCAUUCAUUCAUCAUCCUUUUCAAAUGAUCAUGGCAUCUAUCCCCUGGAGAGAAACAGGCUAUUGCCGUCAAUGCCGCCGCCAUCAUCAGCACCGGCCCCGAAUCCGAAGCCGUCGAAGAAACCGCACAUCCUGGAACUGCACGAGAUAUUUCUGAUGCACGAUCACCGCGGCGACAACAAGAUCUCUAUCAUCGACCUGGGCGACUGCCUUCGGGUGAUGGGCGCUAAUCCCAGCGAGGCGGUGGUCAGGAAACACAUGAGACAGCUCGAGGCUGGUUGCCUGCACAGGAUCUCCUUCGACGAGUGCCUGGCGGUGUACUCCAGCUUGGGAAAGCAUGCCAGUCGACCGAGCACCAGGCGACAAGAAAUCGAGACGGAGCAGUUCAUAUCCGGCCUGAGGCUCCUCGACGCUGAAAACACCGGUUUCCUGUCCGCCAAGCAACUCAUACACAUCCUGACCCGCUGCGGCGAGUGUCUGAGCCAGAUCGAGGCCGACGAGCUCCUCCAGGGACGGAUCAACGAAAAGGGCAUGGUCAACUACAAGGAUCUGGUCCAGUUCAUAGUGACGGGCUAAGGGGAAAGUCGAGGCGAGGGCGCGGAAGGAAAGCCCAGAAAGUCAUUUUAUUAUUUGACAGGUGAAAGUUGUUUCAAAAUAAACAGUGUAUGUUGCAUUUCCCAAGCAGGGGAAAUUGAAUUUGUUUUUUUAUUCAUCAGAUAGAUAAAUAACUAACAUCCUUUGGUGUUCCAUCCAUGAUGGUAUUUCGUAUUGAUAGGAAAAUAAUAUAAAACCCAAAGACACUUAAUAAUGCACUGAAAAAUCAAUCCCCAGCCAGGCUCCCCAACCAUCAUUAUUCAUCCAGUGUACCACGUAUGGUCCUCAUCAAUUGUUCACCAAAUUUCGUUUCUCCGCAGCCAUGUCCAAGUCCUUUUCCACUGGGAGAAAAAUGAAUGACCCAAAAACAGAGCUCGUGGCAGCAUCGGACAGCUGUGUUCAUCAUCCAGUCCCAGAAUAAGUGCAAUUGAUUGCAAAUAAUUUCAAUGCGUUGCCAGGCGUAAUUCCAAAUCCAGUAUUUCGCAUCCUGGCCAGCCUUGGUCAGCGCUUUGGCCAGGAUGUGGGGGGUUAUUGGGAGGAUUUAUGGAUGCGGAUAGAGAGCGGAUAGAGAAAGAGGACUGGAAUGUGGUGGUCGUGAUGGCAAUAAAUGCAAAAACAUGCACUGCCUUUGGAUCGAUGGGCAGCAUAUGCAAAUGCUGUCAAAAACAUCCCAAUUGCUGGCAUAUUUCCGACACAUUUCGAUUGGUUUCAUUUUUCUGGGGCAGGGCUACAUUUUCUAAAAAGAAAAGUACAAAAUACAAAAAAAAAGGAUAACGAAAACAGGCCAUAAAAGUCAAAAUCAAUUGGAAUAGAUUCAUUCAAAUAGAAGGAGGAUGGAGUUGCUCAGCGUGAGUCCGCAGUUAUUGAAUUUUUAUGCCCCGUACGAUCGAAGACAGCGAAGGAUAUUAACUUUACUGAAUCCCACCAACAGUGUUGUCUUGUUUAAAGUCACAUCUAAUGCCUGGAAACACUAUCGUGUAAGUCCCAUUGCUGCCAAAAUAGAACCCUACGAUACCCAGGAAGUCUCCAUCAGUCUGAGUUACUUUGAUUUCGACGAGAAUAAAAAAUACGCACAUCGCUUCCGUAUCCAGUCCAUGUACGAUCCCCCAGAUCGAUGUAAAAGUGAGAAAGUGCUGGCCAUCUUCCUCAAAGCCUCACGGUGUGACAUUUCUACGUUGGCGUUGCCCGUGAACCUCGAAGCCAAGCCGAUAUCCUUGUCAAAUUCUUAUGUGAAGUCCACCCCCUGUUUGAAAAAGAUUGCAGUCGAACGAAAUGAAAAACUGAGGCCAUUAUGUUCCGAGUGUCCGACCCGAUUGAAAAUGUACAAAAAUACGAAAAACAGUGAGAAAAAAGGAUUUCUAUCCAAGUUGGUUCUGGUUGGCUCCUUGAUGGGAGUUUUCCUCACAGCUUACUUGCAACGCCAGAUGAUGCAGGAACUUUUGAUGAACAACUUGUUUCCAGAUCAAGGUGAGCCAGAAGAUGAUUUUGAGGAAUUUUAGAAAAAAUAAUGUAAUAGUUAAAAUAUAUUCGAUUUAUUUAUUUUCUAUGA